AUGGACGCCAACGCCAACGAUGCCCUCAUUGCCCUCGCCGCGAUUUGGGCCCAGAUGCGCUUCGUCCGCCUCGCCGUGCUUGUCUUUAGCAGAGGCGCGCCGUUGACCGAUUGGCUGCGCGGGCCGGACCGCGUGACCUGCGCGUUGCGCGUCUCCGCGCUGGCGGCACUGCUGUGGUGCAUCGCAGCUCCGUCGCCGGUGGCUCUGUUCGCGACUCUCACGACCACCCUCGCUCUCGGAUGGGCGUGCCUUCCCUAUGAGGUCGACAACAGCGGCACGUAUGGCCUGCUGGCCGACGCCAACCUCUGGUGCGGCAUGUGCUUCGCGUGGGCAACGGGUCGCACCGCGUCAGAGGGCUGGCAGCUCUGUGCGCCGGCCGCCCGCACCAUCUUUGUCACCACCUACUGCUUUGCGGCCUUUGCAAAGCUCAACUCGGGCUACGCUGAUGUGCGCAAGUCUAGCUGCACCGUCUUUACCUGCUUUGUUGGCGAGGGCUUUGUGCCGGCUGCCGUGACUGGGCGCGUGCUCGCGCUGCUCGGGGACCGGGCCACCCUCGCGAUCCUCGAGGUGGGACUGGUCACUCUUGAGGCCGUCGAGAUUGCCAUUCCGCCGCUGCUGACCUUUGGGGACCUCCGCGGCGCAGCGCUUGUGCUCUGGAUCUUCCAUCUCCUCCUCGGGUCGAUCGCCUACGACUACUCGGCCCUCAACCACCCGCUCUCGCCUCUGGCACGCCUCAGCUUCACCGCCACCGCGCUGGCGGGCUGCUGGCGGCUCGAGGCGCAGCGCUGCCGCGAGCUCGGCUCGUGCGAACACGUCCUGUCGCUCCUCUGGCUCUGCCUGCUCUGCCCGGCGAGCUGGAUCCCGGCAGGCACGUCAACCCCCCCUGGCGUGCUCGCGCUGCCGCCCAUGCCGUUCCCCUUCGCUGCGUGCGGCACCGCGCUGCUGCUGCUGACGCUGCUCAACGGACUGGGCCCGUAUCUCGGCUACAAGACCGCCGCCACGUGGGCCAUGUUUUCCAACUUGCACGUCGAGGGCGGUUGGACAAACCACCGGCUCGUGCCCGCCUCCUGGCAGCUGUGCGGCAUGGCAGCGGACCUCGUCACUGUCGUCGACAGCGACGUUGAGCUGAUCCGCGACUACCACACGCACUCGUGCUUCGGUGCGACCUUCGAAGGCAACGACGCCUUUGCGCGGCGGUGUGGCAUCCGCUGCGUCUCUCACGCCAACUCAGUGCUGGGCCGCGGCGGCGACGUGUCUGUCGUCUUGCCAUUCCGCGUGCCCUUCUGGCAGCUCCGCAGGCUGAUCUCGCUCGAGGCUCUGCCUACGCGGCGAGACUUCCACGUCGAGUACAUAGCGACGAGCGAGCCGGCUGUGCCGCCCGCAGGGGUGGAGGGGGCGAGCGGAGGCAAGGGCCCAGGCGGGCGACGACGUCGCUUCGAGGUGCGCGGGGGAAGGAUCGUUGGCGAUUCGGACAGGCGGCUCGCCGCGCCGCCGUGUUGGCUGCUGGCGAAGCUGAUCUAUUUCAAGUCAGUGCUCCCGGCGGACCGUGACUGCGGCGUCUGUCACGGCCCGUGA